AUGAAUGCCUAUCAUUUCUUGGAAGAUGUUACAAAUACAUUUGUGAGUCUUAUCCUGUUCGACGAAGAUCCGAAUCAAGUGGAAAUUGCAAUUUACGACGGUAUGGAUGGAAUUGUGAAUAAUCCGCUUUUCACGUUCUGGUCUGAAUUGUUUCCGAAAGGGGUAAGAAUCAUUCGUAAUGAUCCCUUUCCUCGAAACACUUGCUUUGCACGAAGCAUCACGAAUAUGUACGGAAUGAGGUCCCACUUUACUGAAUUUGGAGGCUAUAAAACGGAUACUUAUUGCUCAUCUCCGAUUUUGAAAGGCUUCAGAAGCUGGGCAAUCGAAAAACUACAAAUUGAUGGUACAGUUCCUGUUAAACGGUUGACACUUCUUUUCAUCUCCAGGCGACAGUACCUGUCUUCGAGAAGUAUUACAAGGGUUCUUGUAAACGAAGAUGUUAUCCUUGAAACCAUUAAAACCAGAUUCCCAUCACUAAAUGUGGUAGUGUUUCGUCCAGAGACCUACAAAACAUUUAAAGAACAAACGGUUAUUGCUGUCCAAGGAAACAUAUUAGUUGGUGUCCACGGUGCUGGUUUAGUAUACAGCAUGUUCAUGACUCCAGGCUCUCAUCUUAUCGAAAUAUUCAUGGACGAUCGUAAUUCGAUGAACAGACAUUAUCAUAACAUUGCUAUGUGGAUGGGUUUGCAGUACCAUUCCAUUGACUUUCAUGGAAAAGUUAUUCCACCGGAGCAAAUUGUGAAUGUUAUUGAUAUUGCGGUCAAAGAUCUCAUUAAAAUGUCCACAACUGCUUACACACAUGGUUGA